GCGGAACAGCCCGGUGGGCCGCAGGACGGUCAGACCGGGCGCGGGAUCGCCCGACCACCACGGGGGCGUGGGCGGCGGCGGCAACCCGUACCAGACGGGCAUCGGAGGCGGCGGCGGUGGUGGCCUAGGCAUAGGAGGCGGUGGCGGCGGCGUGUCGUCCUCCUACUACAGAGACGACGACCUCAACAGCCCUGUACUGCUGGACGACCGGGGACGAGCCAUGGGCCCCGGUGGAGGUGCGUCCCACCGGUCGCGAAGUGCCAGCCGACCGGUGGACCGCAUGGGCGUCAUGCCGCCGUCCCGGUACCAGUCGCUGGACCGGAACACGGGCAGCGGCGGUGGCAUACUGUCCGACCCAACCGGCAGUGGCCAAUACGGCCACGACCGCGACUACAGGUCGUUUGACAGAGACCGUGGUUAUGGUGGUGGCGGCGGCUUCUCCUCGCUGGACGACGACCCUUACGGCGCCGUAUCAUCCAGGUCCAGGCAGUCGCCCGGCGGUGGCAUAGGUUCCGGCUUAGGUGGCGGUGGCGGCCACUUCAUGUCCAACGCUCGAGACACCGGACACUUCCUGGGCGAACUCCAGCAUCAGAACACCGACCUGCACCGCGAGCUGUCCAACCUCAAAAAGGAGCUGGAGCUGACCAACCAGAAGCUCGGUUCCAGCAUGCACAGCAUCAAAACGUUUUGGAGCCCGGAGCUGAAGAAGGAACGGGCGCUACGCAAGGAGGAGUCGGCCAAGUACUCGCUGAUCAACGACCAACUCAAGUUACUCCACUCGGAGAACCAGAAACAAUCGAUGUUGGUGCGUCAGCUGGAAGAAGAGCUGAGAAUGCGAAUGCGAGGGCCAAACAUGGAGUUGCAACAGCAGGUCGAAUUGCUGUUGAACGAGAACGAUCACUUAACGCGAGAAGUGGCCAUCCUCAGAGAGACUAUAAAGGAAUUAGAGCUCAGGAUAGAGACGCAAAAGCAAACGUUGCAGUCUAGAGACGAGAGCAUUAAAAAGCUCUUGGACAUGCUCCAGAACAAAGGCGUCGGUGGUAAAGUGGUAGAGGCGAUUGAAUUAGAGGCCCGUCAAGUUGACUUAGAGGCACGACUGUUAGAGAAUGAAAACCUUGUCCACCACUUCCAGUCUGUUAUCAGGAAUCGGGAUCAGGAACUCAACAGUACGAAGCGCGACCUUAAGACCACCAAUGACAAUCUAAAAGCACUGCAAAUGGAAUUAGAAAAAGCAUACCAGACCCAAAACGUGGGGGUGGCUUCCAGUGGCACACUGACCGCCAUCCUGGAGACAAAGGACGCUCGCAUAGCGACGCUGGAAAAGGAGGUCGGUCUCCUGGAGCAGGAGCUGGAUAGGAUGCGACUGUACGCCGGGUCACCAGGCCAUGCGCUAGACAGAAGCGUCCAGUUCGCGGCGGCUCCAGCGUUCAAGCAUCAAUUAGAAGAGUUCCGGUCGGAAAUCCAAAGGCGUGACCAAGAGAUUGUGGCCAUGAGCGCCAAGAUGAAAACCUUGGAAGAACAGCACACCGACUACCAGAGGCACAUCGGGGUGCUGAAAGAGUCGUUGAGCGCAAAGGAAGAACAUUACACGAUGUUACAAGCGGACGUUGAAGAAUUGCGUUCGCGACUAGAAGAAAAAAAUCGUAUAAUUGAGAAGAAGACGCAAACUGCCUUGCAAGCUAAUCAGGAAAAAAAUAGAGUGACAAGUGAAAUUAAUGAGCUCAAGGAUCACGUGGAUAUUAAAGACCGGAAAAUUAAUGUUUUGCAAAGAAAAAUUGAAAAUUUGGAGGAUUUAUUGAAAGAAAAGGACAACCAAGUGGAAAUGGCUAGAACGAGACUAGCGUCACUUCAAGCACAUCAGUGUUCGUCCGAAGGCGCAGUUACAAGUUUAGAAGAGGCGAUCGGUGACAAAGAGAAACAAAUGAAUCAAUUGCGAGAACAAAGGGACAGAGCCGAGCAAGAUAGACAGGAAGAAAGAGACUUACACGAGAGGGAUAUUGCCGAUUUCAAAUUAAAACUCCAUGCUCUAGAAAGCGAGGUGGAAAAGCUCCAUACUCGACUGAAUAGAGCGAAUAGUGAGAAAAAUCGUCUAGAAGAACGACUGGAACAAUCACAAAGUGAACUUGGAAAAUCAAAGGCAGAGUUAGAGAAGGCGUCGAGUGAGGUGAACAGGAGUGGUGCGGAUUGGGAGUACACAAGACAAAAGUUUGCUCGAUUGGAACUUGAAAACGCUCAGCUACGGCAAGAUUUGGAAUUAUCGCAAACGACGUUCGGUCGGAGCACGUUGACCAAGUCUCAAGAGAUGGACAGAGUGCAAGAUAGGGCGGACAAAGCGCUUAACGAUUUGAGAACAGCACAAGCAGAUCUCCGCAUCGCUCGUGCCGACAACGACAAGCUGCUGGGCGAGAUCAAAGCGUUACAGGAAAAACACGAAAGUUCUCAAGGCGAGAUAUACCGGUUGGUAACGAAAUUGGAAAAAUCCCAAGGCGAGAUCAAUAACGUCAAGGACGAGUACGACCGAAAUCAAUCCAGUGUAACUAGGAUUCUCGCCGAAAGAGAAAAGGCACUAGUCGAGUUAGAAAAGACCAAAGAAGAAUUGGAACGAUCGCAGAGUACACUAGGCAAAGCGCAACUCCAACAGGAAAAAUUACAAAUGGCGUUGGACGAUGCACAAAGGGAAACCGAUCGAGUGCAAGAUACAUUAAACAAAGUUACCAGUGAACUCAGAAAGUACCAUAUUGAAAAAGAACAAAACACGUUUGAACUCACCAAUGUACAAACACAGUUGGACAAAGCACUCGGACAGGCUGCACGUUUACAAAAAGACAAAGAAGCAAUUCAAAUAGAAUACGAGAAUUUAAAAGCUAAAUACGAAAUCAGUCAAUCGAUGGUAGCCAGAUUGCAAAAAGAGAAAAAUCAAUUGUUAGAUGACAAAGAGAAAAACAAAAAUGAUGCUGAUCUAUUCCAUUCUCAGAUAAUGAAAUACCAGAGAGAAAAAGAAAAAAUUCAAGCUGAACUUGAUCUUACCGAAGAGAGAUACGAGAAAACACAAUCAAUGUUAAAAAAAACUCAGCUUGAGAAAGAAGAUGCUAUAAACGAACUUGAUUUACAAAAAGAUAAAAUAGAAAAAUGUCAAAAAGCAAUGUAUGAAGCCAUACAAGAUAAAAACAGUGCUAAAGAUGAACUAGAUAGAGUUAUGGAGAAAUACGACCGGGUGCAAAAUGAACUAUACCAAGUGAAGAAAUCCUUAGAAAUCGUCGAAAAUGAAAGAGAUGAUGUUAAGCUAGAGAUGGAAAAAUUACAAUUACAUGCCAUGAAAGCUCGAGAUGAUCAAAGAAAAUCUAAAUCCGAAAUCCAAGAGUUACAAGAAUCAUAUGAUAGAUUAGUAAUACAGCUAGAAAGAACUAAGGACAUAGAAGAUAAGUUCAAGGACGAAAAAGAACACCUUAUGGACAAUUUAGACCUAAUGAAAGAACGAUGCGAUAAAUUGCAAAUGGACGUCAGGAGAUUAUCUGCAGAAAGAGAUAAACUACAGACUGAAGCCAUGAACAAUGCGUAUGAAAUGGAAAGAGCUCAUUCCCAAGUGUCCAAGACUCAAGUGCUGCUUGAAGACCAACAGAAAGAUGUAAAUAAACUUUCGAUUGAACUGGAAAAAAUGUCGGAAAAAUAUAACAAAUUAAUGAUAGAAUACAAGAAAUCACAAUCGGAUGUCGAGUUAUACAAAUCGCAAGCAUCGUCAUUUAGAGAAGAAGCCGAAAGAUAUUCAGUACGGCAACAAGAGAGGAUAAAAGAAGAACUAGAAUUAUUUAAAAAUAAAUACACUCAAGAAAUGGAGAAAUCAGAGAAAUUACAAUUAACGUGUAAAAAAUUAGAAGACAAAAUGCACGAUAUAAAUACGGAACUAGAAAAGAGUAAAUCAGAAUAUGCUAAAUUUAAAAAAGAAAACGAAAAACUUGUAAUAGAUUACGAAAAGUUACAAAUGAAAUGUGACAAAUUAGUUACAGAUAAUGAUAAAUUAAGGACCGAGAUCGCUACGGUCGGCGAGCAAAAUAGUUUCGACUUGGAAAGGACGAAGGAUCGUUACGCGAAAACAAAACAGUCUCACGAAAAAACUGAAAUGGAGCUUUAUAGAACCCAGAUGGAUGUGGAUAAGUUGAAGAAGGAAAACGAAAAAUUGAAAACUGAUUUGGUUCGUGUAGAAGCCGAGUUGUUGCAAUUUAAACCAGAAAGAGAUUACGAUCGGUUUAUGAGAGACAAACCAGUGUUAGGCCGGUCACAAAGUACUUGCAAAGACUUUGGAGAUUUUGACCGCACCAUGUCUGAAGAUCGCUUGAGAGACCGUCUUGAGCAGAGCCAAGCAAAAUGUCAUAGGAUUUCCGAGGAGAAAUUAAAAUUAGAAACUGAACUCCAUCAAGUCAAACGAGCACUGGAACAACAUCAAAUGUCUCAAUCGAACUCUGAGCUUUAUGUUAAAGAAAACAUCGUUAAGGUGCAACAAGACCUGAACCAAACAUUACGAGAAAAAGAAAUUCUCAAAGAAAAACUCGAGAUAAAGGAAAAACAGUUGCAAGAGUGGAAAUCCCGAUUGGACAGUUCGAGUGUCAUAUUAACGGAAAGAGAAGAGCUGUUGAAACAGUUGAAAAACAGCGAAAGACGAUUGGAAGAAUCGCAAAGACAAAUGUCCAAACUUGAUGCAGACCUAAAAAAAGUAACAUCGGAGCGAGAUGAGUUGAUAAAUAUGCUGAAAAAAUCGCAAUCGGUGUUGUUACAAUGCCAAGAUAAGCUGCAAGCGUCUGAGAGGAGUUUGGAACUGGAAAAGGACGAGGUUAAACGGUUGAAGGCCGAUCUGAGAAACCAAGACAUGAACACGAAGCAAAACGUCGAACAAGACUCCGCCCGUCUAAGAGACCUCAUUAGAACGAAAGACAAAGAAUUGGACGCCUGUAGACAGAGUUUGGCGGUCAAAGAGCAAGAAGCGAAAACGCUACAACAAACAAUACAGCAGAUGCAAUCAGCGUUGAGGGAGCGUAACCAGGGCGUGGACAGCGAAAGAGGUAACCUGCAGAAAUCAUUGGACGCACAACGAAUGGUGACCGAGGAGCUGCAAAAGAAACUACAAUCGGCGCAGCAACAAAUUAACAUCAAAGAAGCUACUGUGAACGAUCUUAAGAAACAACUGCAAGCCGUCCAGAUAGAGAACAAACGCAAGACGGACGAAUUGACGUCUAAAAUUUCCACGUUGGAGAAGCAAUUGCAGGUGUCUGCGACAUCCAAUGACAACGCUUUGAAGGAAGACGUGAGGAAACUUUUGGAUGAACUGGACCAUACCCAGAGCGAACUUAAAAACCUCGCGCUAGAAAAAGACAAGAUUUCGCAUCAAAACCAACAGAUCCGAAACGAACUAGAGAAGAAGCAGCUGGAACUCCAAGAUGCCCAGAAGAAAGCACAAGUGGCCUCGUCAAAACUCAACGAAGAGACGAGCUCGUUAAAAGCGCAACUAGAAGAGCAAAAGAGACAGUUGGAGGCCCAACGACGGCAGCUGGAAGAGCUAAGAAAAAGCGUCGACGGCCGGUCGAGGCAGUUGGAAGAAAAAGAAAAACAUGUGGCGGAACUGGACGCCAAGUUGAAGAAGCGGAAAGAAAACUUGGAUCUGUUAGAAUCGCAAAUAAACAAGGGAAAAUCGCAAGCUGGCGACAGUGACGUGAUAAAAAAGCUGCAGAGUCAAAUCGAGAGUUUGCAAAAGGAGUUGGAGAAAUCUAAGGAAGAAGCGAGUAGGUCGCAGACAGACAUGGAACGGCUGCUGCAGGUCGUACAAAUGGGCCAGGAAGAGCAGAACGCGAAAGAAAAACAAAUCAGAGAGCUACAAGAGGCGUUGAAGAACGCACAAGCCAAGAUGAGAGGGCCACACCCAUCGUCUCAACAGCAACAGCAACAACAUCCUUCGAGACAGCCGAAAAAAGACGAAGAGAAUGUAGACCAAUCCGAAGACGUCGGCACGGUACUGGCCAACGGUGGUCACACCAAGAGCGAGCUGGAAAGCAAGUUCGCCGAGGAACUGGAAGAACUGCUGGAGGUAAUACAGAUGAAGAACGAUCACAUCGAAGAGCUACAGGAAGCGCUGAAAGAAAGCGUGACGAUUAUAUCGGAGCGCGAGGAAGACCUGUUCCAAGAGCAAAUCAAACGGAAGGACAUCCAGGAUCAGGUGUGCAGAAUGGAAGAGCGGUUGUGUUUAGCUGAAAACCAAUGCAAAAACUGUCGUGGGCUGUACAAGAGACUGGAGGCGUUGGAAGAACAGCUAUUCGGCAUACAGUCCGAGAGACGAGCGAAACUACAAGAGCUGUCCCAACUAAGACAAGAAGCCUUGGAGUCAGCCAUCAGUGAGAAAGACGCGCAUCUGGCGCUUUUGGAGUUCAACGGCAUGCUUCCGACCAAACAACAGACGGACGUGAUCGACAAGCUGAAAACCGACAGGGCCCGACUGAUCAAACGUUUGCACGAGGAAACCGAAACGGCUAUCGAACUCAUUCAGGAAGCGGCGAACGCGAAGAACAACAAUUAUUGAAACGCAUUGACAACAACCGUUACGAUGUUUGCGUUGUUUUCGUGACGGACUAGAGUCUAACGUAAGUCAGGUCCGGUUGACAAAACGCAUCAUAUUAUUGUAAUAUUUUACCACGUACACGCCGAAUCCGGACCCGGACUGAUCCCGCGCGACAGACUACAGUAAUUACCUAUCCCGCAUAAAUUAGUUCCUAUACUAUAUAUUUACGAAAAAAAAAAAUUAUUCGAUGUAUAACUACUGUUUUUGAUUGUCUUCUUAAAUUUAAUACUUUUUAGAAUAUUUAACGAUUUUGUCGAAUACUACUCUAAUUAGUAUAAUAUUAUAAUGUAAAAUUUUUUUUUUCCAUUCUACGUUUGGAAAUCCAAUACGCGCAAGACACAUGAAAUCAAUUUAUGUAUAAUGUUGUAAUUAAGAACGGGUAUUUUUGACUUCGAAUCAUAUAACGAACCGCGUUCCUAUUAUACAAUGUUAUACAUAAACCCUAGUAUUAAGAUAUUUAUAAUUAUAUAAAAUUAAUCGGUAAGUGAAAAAUAAUA